GGGAAAGGAGUUCUGGUUGGUCAGGGUCCCAAUAAAAAGUGCGCAUGGGGCUAGAGCGGUGGCGCACUCGUCCCUGCAAAGUUCACCCCCAAGGACGUUCGUGUAGACACAGAUCCAGUCAUGCAGAAGUCUAAGGAUAUGGGCUCCUCGAUCAUCCACACGCAGCAGCUGCACGCUGCAAUGGCGGACACUAUGAUCGAGCAUAUGUGUCUCCUGGACAUCGACUCUGAGCCUGCUGUGUCUCGCAACACCGGCAUCAUCUGCACCAUCGGCCCGGCCUCUCGAUCCGUGGAGAUGGGCAAGGAAAUGAUCAAGGCUGGGAUGAACAUUGCAAGAAUGAACUUCUCUCAUGGCACACAUGAGUAUCAUGCCGAGACCAUCAAGAACAUCCGUGAGGCCACUGAGAGCUUUACACCUGGUUCUGUGGAGUACAGACCAGUGGCUAUUGCUUUGGACACAAAAGGACCAGAAAUCAGGACCGGACUUAUCAAAGGGAGUGGCACAGCCGAAGUUGAACUGAAGAAGGGUGAAACUAUUAAGAUCACCCUCGAUGACCAGUACAAGGAGAAAUGUGAUGAGAAAGUCCUGUGGCUCGACUACAAAAACAUUACUAAAGUCGUGCAGACCGGCAGCCAUAUCUAUGUUGACGACGGUCUCAUUUCCCUCAAGGCCACUCAGAUCGGUGGUGACUUCAUUAUGUGUGAAAUUGAGAAUGGUGGCAUGCUCGGCAGUAAGAAGGGUGUGAACCUGCCCGGAGCUGCAGUGGACCUGCCCGCUCUGUCAGAGAAGGACAUUCAGGACCUGCAAUUUGGCGUGGAGCAGGGUGUUGACAUGGUCUUUGCCUCCUUCAUCCGCAAAGCCGCCGACGUGGAGGCUGUCAGGAAGACACUGGGCGAGAAGGGCAAAGACAUCAAGAUCAUCAGCAAACUGGAGAACCACGAGGGAGUGCGCAGAUUCGAUGAGAUCCUGGAGGCCAGUGAUGGCAUUAUGGUUGCCCGUGGAGAUCUGGGUAUCGAAAUCCCCACAGAGAAAGUUUUCCUGGCUCAGAAGAUGAUGACUGGCAGAUGCAUGAGAGUUGGCAAGCCCAUCACCUGCGCCACUCAGAUGUUGGAAAGCAUGACCAAGAAGCCCCGUCCCACUCGUGCUGAGGCCAGUGAUGUGGCCAACGCUGUCCUGGAUGGAAAUGACUGCAUCAUGCUGAGUGGCGAGACAGCCAAGGGAGACUACCCUCUGGAGGCAGUGCGCACACAACACAUGAUUGCCCGUGAGGCUGAGGCUGCCAUGUUCCACAGGCAGAUGUUUGAGGAGCUGCGCCGCACCUCUCACCUGACUCGGGACCCCACAGAGUCUGUUGCUAUUGGCGCUGUUGAGGCCUCCUUUAAAUGCUGUGCCAGUGCCAUCAUUGUGCUCACCAAGACUGGAAGGUCUGCCCAAAUGCUGUCAAGGUACAGGCCCCGCGCCCCUAUCAUUGCAGUGACCCGCUGUGGCCAGACAGCUCGCCAAUGCCACCUGUGGCGCGGUAUCUACCCCGUCCUGUACACCAAGCCCGCCAACGACGUGUGGGCUGAGGAUGUGGACUUGCGUGUCAACUUUGCCCUGGAAGUUGGCAAGCACCGCAAGUUCUUCAAGUCCGGUGAUGUGGCGAUUGUGGUGACUGGAUGGCGUCCAGGCGCUGGCUACACCAACACCAUGAGAGUUGUGUUGGUGCCUUAAAUUUAAAACAUGGACUUUAAUAAUUUUAAAACUUAAAAACACCCUGCUCCUAUAUAAAAAACUACUUCAUUGGAGGACUUAAGAUGGCGUCAUUCAGUAAUAACAUGAUUCCUACCCGCUUAUAUGCAUUUCACUGUCCAGAUCUUGCUUUGACCUGACCACAUUUUUCAAGCUUCUCUGUUUUAUAAUAUAAAGUGGAUGAACAGGCUGCUGGUGAAAGUGUGGUUAUGUUUUAUAAAGCAUGAUUUGGUUUCUAUCAAUUAAAAUACUCAUUUCCUA